AGGGGACUUGAGUCUGCUCACAGUACAUAGAUGGGUAUGGGUAUGUGUAAACAGCCACACGCUAGUAGGAAUAAAUGAUGAUGGCAAGUUCGACAUGGUCAUUCAUAAGGAAGAAACUGUCUUCUAAGUUGUCUGGAAUGACCGGGAUAUAGUUCCUCUUUUUAAUCAGGGAAUUUCUUCCUGAACCUAACUGCACAAACAGAGGACUUGAGUAGCACAUUUCACUUGCAUACAGCAGCGUUUGUUCAUUUUGAGUGUUUUUGGACAGGAAAUCGAUCUACAGGGUAAAAUUCACACAAAAAGGAAACAGUAUGGGACGAUGGCUUGUUAGUGCAAGUGGCUCUGCUUUGGAAAUUACGGAUAAGAAACGUUGGAGGGAGAACAGCAUUAAAGAUGAAAAGCAGGAUGACUCCUGAUAAAAACAUCACCAAAUGAUGAACCCACGAGCAAAAAGGAACUUCUACUUGGCGGCACCUGACUUGCUGGAUCCUAAAUCUGCCGCUCAGAACUCCAAACCGAGGCUCUCGUUUUCCACGAAACCCACAGUGCUUGCUUCCCGGGUGGAGAGUGAUACGACCAUUAAUGUUAUGAAAUGGAAGACAGUCUCCACGAUUUUCCUGGUGGUUGUGCUCUAUCUGAUCAUCGGAGCCACCGUGUUCAAAGCAUUGGAGCAGCCUCAUGAGAUUUCACAGAGGACCACCAUUGUGAUCCAGAAGCAAACAUUCAUAUCCCAACACUCCUGUGUCAAUUCGACUGAGCUGGACGAACUCAUCCAGCAAAUAGUGGCAGCAAUAAAUGCAGGGAUUAUACCUUUAGGAAACACCUCCAAUCAAAUCAGUCACUGGGAUUUGGGAAGUUCCUUCUUCUUUGCUGGCACUGUUAUUACAACCAUAGGAUUUGGAAAUAUCUCACCUCGCACAGAAGGUGGAAAAAUAUUCUGUAUCAUCUAUGCCUUAUUGGGAAUUCCCCUCUUUGGUUUUCUGUUGGCUGGAGUUGGAGAUCAACUAGGAACAAUAUUUGGAAAAGGAAUUGCCAAAGUGGAAGAUACAUUUAUUAAGUGGAAUGUGAGUCAGACCAAGAUUCGCAUCAUCUCCACCAUCAUCUUCAUACUGUUUGGCUGUGUACUCUUUGUGGCUCUGCCUGCCGUCAUAUUCAAGCACAUUGAAGGCUGGAGUGCCCUGGACGCCAUUUAUUUUGUGGUCAUCACUCUAACAACCAUUGGAUUUGGUGACUACGUUGCAGGUGGAUCGGAUAUCGAAUAUCUAGACUUCUACAAGCCUGUGGUGUGGUUCUGGAUCCUUGUCGGGCUCGCUUACUUUGCUGCUGUCCUGAGCAUGAUUGGAGAUUGGCUCCGAGUGAUAUCUAAAAAGACCAAGGAAGAGGUGGGAGAGUUCAGAGCGCACGCUGCUGAGUGGACAGCCAACGUCACUGCUGAAUUCAAAGAAACCAGGAGACGGCUGAGCGUGGAGAUCUAUGACAAGUUUCAGCGGGCCACCUCCAUCAAGCGGAAGCUCUCAGCAGAACUGGCCGGGAACCACAGUCAGGAGCUGACUCCUUGUAGGAGAACCCUGUCAGUGAACCACCUGACCAGCGAGAGGGAUGUCUUGCCUCCCUUACUGAAGACUGAAAGCAUCUAUCUGAAUGGCUUGACGCCGCACUGUGCUGGCGAAGAGAUUGCUGUGAUUGAGAACAUUAAGUAGCCCUCUCUUGGAAGAGCCUUAGGCAUAGCCAUAGGCUCACCUGUGCAGUCUCUUACCCCAGUACUCACCUUUGAAUACCAUACCUUGCUGGAAUCAGUAUGUAAAUGACUGAAGCGAUGAUGCCUGAAGAAGGAAUAGAUGCCAAAUUAGAUGGACUUUGAAGCAACACUCAGAAACUAGCAUUAAAGGCACUGCAGAGAAAUGAGGUGCAAAGAUGGCCCCUCUGAGUAUUUAUUUGACUCACGUACCAAUGGUACAGACAUACAGUGUAAUUAUUCUCGGGCCGGUAACACUGGCUGCUCUCACAUAGUCCCCUUUUUCCUUGUGGUAUUUGGAAUUUAUCAUUUAUUAAUAAUUCUAUGUUUUUUCUUUUAAGUCGGAAGAGGAAUUUCAGUACAUAUAAAUGAUCCGAUAGAAGAAAACUGUUAAAAUGGAUUGUAUUGAAGGGGAUUUAAAGUAGUUGGGGUGAAUUACCAUUCUGAUGAAAAGAAACGAGCAAAACAAUGUGUUACGAGUAUUUGCUAAUAAAUAUUAUACUGCCAGCAUCUAUUUGCUUUUUGAUGUAUAAAAGACUUAUCUAAUUUUCUUUCCUUGGGUGACUCUUGCCAGCUGAGAGGGGUGAUAAGACGGCGAGUGUUGGGCAUGGUCCCAGCCCUCUGUAGGUGUACCUUUGGGCUGUGACAAAGUGUAACAGAAAUUGAAACUGGGAUCACUGUGAUUUUGCACAUGGGAAAAUGCAGAGUACAGGCAUAAUUCAUCUCUGAUGUUAGAGAAAAAGCUGUUAUAGCACAAUUUAAAUCUUGGGAGUUUUUUGUUUUUAUGUUUUUAAGAUAGAAAAGGCUGAUAAUCCUUUUUAGUUUAAUUUUAUAUCUUGUAAUUCUUUGGAUGUUUUCAAGAUUCAGAAAAAAAAUAAUCAGUAAAUGCACCCAGUAAAUUGCUACUCUUUCCUUUAUUUUCAUACUUAGAUCUGCUGUACAUUGUUUAUAUAAUUUUUAAAAUGCAGAAAGAACAUGAUUUCCCUAAAUAUAAUUGUAACACUGAUUUCUUUCACUUUGGAUGGGGGCCGCAUGUCUGAGUAAACAGCAUUCAGGUGCGAAUCUUAAAAAAUAAAUCCAGGAUCUUACAAGAAAACACUAAUAGAAGCUUAUUUUCCAAAAUUUAAAUUUAAGAUAGAAAUGUAAAUAUUCAGUUAGCUUGUUAAAGGUACUUUUAUAAACUUAAAAAAAUUCUAACCAAAAUUUUAGAAAGACAGGCUCUUUUAGAAAGAAAGCUACACCCAUUUCUUCAAUAACUGUCUGAAAGUUCAUAUGGUGGAAUGCGCCAUGUAUAAACUGUGAAUUGUAUUGACAAAUAAAGUUUGUAAUU